CUUCGAGAUCUACCAGACUUUGUCUCUACUACAUAAAAAACUUUGUUACAAUACACUAGAUCCCAAUCUCUUAUCAUGAACUUUCUUCUUCGUACUCUUGCUAUUGCUUUCGUAGCAAUCAACGGCAUUCGUGCAUCGCAAUGUCCAUCUGGCUUUACUUACACCGAUUCAAUCGGUGACUGCCGUGGAAAUGGUCAAGAAAGCGGACAAUUGUGCUAUACGACGCAAACCUAUACUUCAGAUAUUAAUACGUGUAUAAACCGAGCCAAACGCAUAUAUGCUCAGUGUUAUACCUCAGUUCAAUCCGGCCGACCAUAUUGCUGGCCUGACGCACCUGGAUCCACCUACAAUGGUGGUACUUCCCAACCCAAUCAGCUUGGAUAUCAGCUUCCUUCUCCAAACUCGAAUCCCCCUCCUAGUCAAACUAUACAGCAGUUUUCUCUAAGCGCCGCAAGCCCUACUGCUCAGGCCACUUCCUGUCAAAGUGAAGCUUCAGGCCCUAUCAAUGCAAUUGUUAAUAUUCAGCCAGAUUCGGGUACUCCCAGCGCUUCUAAAAUUAGUGGUUUUAUCUCUUUUUCGCAGCUAUCUCCCUCUUCAAAAAUUAGCAUCACUGCAAAAGUGGUUGGCAUUCCUGCAGGUCAACAUGGAUGGCAUGUUCACGCCAAAGGCAACACCUAUCCCAAUUGUUCAUCUGCAGGACCUCAUUGGAAUCCCCUUGGUGUAGAUCAUGGAGCACCCAGCGCAGCCGUUCGUCAUAUGGGAGACUUUGGCAACUUUAACGCGACAGAUGAUGGUACCUUUAGUGUAACGAUCACAGAUUCCAUGGCGACGCUUUAUGGACCAAACAGUAUUCUUGGUCGGGCACUUGUACUUCAUGCAGGAGUGGAUGACCUUGGAUUGACAGAUAACCCGCUUUCCAAAACAACUGGCAACGCAGGUGCUCGUCUUGCUUGUGGUGUGAUUGGAUAUCAGUAAUUAAACUGUUUAUUUGGUGUAUCGACUGAAAAGAGCCGUAUAUCAAUAUAUCAUGUAGCCGUACUUUGUUUAAAACGGAUUUGAAAAUCAAUAAAUUGACUUGACAUUCCAACUC